AUGCUGCCCACCAAUCAACAACAAAACCUGUCUUUGCUUUCAUCAUCAUCACCAACAAACAACACAACAAACAAUACUGCACAUACGAACACUAAUGGCAAUACAAACAAUAGCCUAUGGAACAGCCUGCAAACGCUGAUGAAUCAAAGCGGAAAUAACAGUAAUAAUCCCUUAUUGCACCAGAUGAAUUAUCUGAUGGCAGCACAAUCAUCACUCCCUGGUACAGGAAAUCAACAAUUACUUAACAAUUUAUUACAAGGACAAUCCAUGAUCAAUAACAACACCAAUUUCAACAACAACAUCAACCAACAAGCUUUGAACCUUGUCGGUAGUAUUUUGAAUUUGGUAAAUUCAGCAUCCCCACAACAGCAGCAACAACAGGCUAGUAGCAACAUCAAUAACAACAACCAGUUGUAUAGUAACAAUGUCAAUAUGCCAACAACAACAUCAGAUCAAAACAAUAACACAUCAUCAUUAUCAAACUCCUCUAUUCUGUCUCCCCCACAACAACAACGACUACCGUUUACUGCAUCCUCAAAUGGUUCGGCCGAUCAAACUCUCCGUCCAUUCCAGAGCCCUCAAAUGUUGAAUCAGUCAGCAUUUGUGUUGUCGCCUCCAUCAUCAGCCACUUACUUCCAUCCUAUUACUUCCGUUCAUCAAAGUCCGAGUUCCGAUUCUUCAUCAUGUCUUUCUUCUGCAACUUCAAUCAAGCAUCAGCAAGUAAACUCUUCAUCCACAACUGCAGAAUCAAAUAUCCAAACAUUUAUUAGCAAAGGAAACACAAUGGGAUCAAGUAUAAAACAAUUCUUCAACAACCCUACCUUGAGUGAUGUUACCUUUAUCAUUCAAGGCAACAAAUUCUUUGCGCACAAGUUAAUUCUUUGUGCAAGAAGCAACUAUUUCAAUCAACUGAUACUAACUAAAUGUAAUAAUACUGCUGUUCUUGAAAUUGAGAUUCAAGAUGCUUCUGCAGAUAUUUUCUACAGUAUUUUAGAGUUUGUGUACACGGAUUGUACAGUUUUGAGGUCAGACAAAAUUUGGGAAUUGUUUCAGGCAGCUAAAUUUUAUCAGCUCAUUGCUCUAUUGCAGCAAUGUCAAGAAUUUAUUAUAGGAACGCUUGUGGAUGGAAACGUUUUUCAGCAAUGGACCAAGGCUCAACAAUUUGGAGCCAUCAUGGUUGCAGAACAUUGCCUCCUGUUUGUGAAAACAAAAUUUGAGAAAGCUCUCAAGCUUUUGGAUUUGUACAAUACUUUGGAUAUAUCAACCAAUCCAGAAAUUAUCCUUAAAGCUAUUCAAAGUCAACAAUUCAACAGACUUGGCAAUCCUCCAACACCAACAAACAGAAGCAAGAACCCGACCAAAAAUGAUCCCAUGUAUCAAUCUCUCACAUCCUUCACUUUCCCUCCGUCAAAAAAGGAAGAGGAAGAAAAACAUGACAUACUGAAGAGUCACACAGAGCCUGUUCAUGAACAGGAUGAAAAACAAACCCAACAUGAGCUCACACAAACAUUUGAAUUGUGGGGAGAAGGAAUUAUUCCUCCUGCUGCCUUUCCUACACGAUAUUCAAUGGAUCAAUUUCCUUCAUUCUUUAGAAUUGACUCAAAUGAUACUACUCAGCAAGCAAGUACCGCUUCAGAUUCAAAUAGUGCUCCUGAAAACAAUUCGUCUUCAGAAACAAAAACUGAGAAAGAAAAAGAUUCAACCUUAGCAGAACGAUCAUGCGUGUACAGACGUUUAUCAGUGCUGAGACAAGACUUACAUUCUGUCGGAGUGUUUUUCCAACACAUUAUUUCAUGUAUUACACGAUUAUUACAUGCUGAGAGAACUACGUUGUUUAUGUAUGAUAAGAGGACAGAUGAGCUCAUUUCUCAAGUUGCUAUUGGAGAGGAAGAAAUUAGAAUUCCAAGCAAUAAGGGAAUUGCGGGCUCCGUUUUUCAGAGCGGAAAAAGCAUUAAUGUUGCUGAUGCCAAAACAGAUUCAAAAUUUGCUCCAGAGGUUGACAAGUCGACCGGAUUCUCGACAAAGAGCGUCAUUUGUGCUCCCAUACUGGGCUCGCAUAAUCAAUAUGUCGGCGUGCUCGAGGUUUUAAAUAAGCAUACAGGAGCAUUCACUGAGAAGGAUGAACAAAUUCUUCAAUUUGUAUGUGAACUACUUUCGAUAUUUGUUCAAGAACAGCACUUAGAGGAGAUUGAAAAUAUUCACAAAUGCACAAUUCUAUUACAACCUUCAUCAUACCGGAGAAAGUCAGUGGCUCCACUUCAAUUUGGAAAUAGAAAAGCCUCUCAUAGAAUGUCUGUAUCUGUUGAUGAUUCCUUCGCUUUACUUUUUGGAGAGGGUGAUUUCAAUUUUGAUUUAAUCAAUACGGAAGAACAGCCGACCUCAUUACUACCAGUUAACAAUGAUGUUGCAAACAAUUUAGUAGGACCCAAUAUUGAACCACUUUGGAACUAUGUGCAAAAUCAUGACGUAAAUUCAAAUCUAACUUCCAGCUUUGUCACGGUUGAUACAACUCCAUCGAAAAUAGCCUCAGAGCAGCCCAAGACACUAGCAAGCAGCAGUACUAGUUCUACUAACAAUACUAUUAGCAAUGCCUCUAAUUUGGAUCAGCAAUCUGUUAUUUCACAACAAACUGUCACUAAGGCAUCUAAGAGUACGAAAACUGAAAAUGGAGAAAAGAAACGCAAGAGAAAUCCAAAUGUUAAUACCCAACCAUCCGCAAGUGCCCCUACGGGAAUGCCAUUCAUGCAUUUUAGAAUUCCUCGUUAUGAAUCGCAAUUUAUUCAAUUCGAGGCUGGUGGAGCAAAGAAAAAGAAGAAAAAUUAA